AUGACGAACCAGACAGCCGGCGCUACGACCGACCAAGAGAGCGGACUAGCCGUCGAGAAGAUGAUCGUUUCGCCGAGCACGACAGUCGACAAUCUACAUUACGACCUGACCGAGGAUGAUAUCUGGGAUCUCUUCCAACGUAUCGCUCCUGUCCAGGACGCGAAACUGCGCUACGACCGUGCUGGUCGCUCCGAAGGAGUUGCAUUUGUCACAUACGAACAUGUGGCUGAUGCCAGAGCCGCCAUUCGAGAAUUCGAUGGCGCAAACGCAAAGGGACAGCCGAUUAAGAUAUCAUUAAUCCCACUUCCGAGACGAGAUAACCCCUUCGACCGAGUGGAGAACCCCAGAAGUCUGUUCGACAGGAUCGAAGCUCCGGCUAGCCGUGGUCGGCGACGCAGCGAGAGUCCGAUGGAGGAUGUGGGCGAAGAGCGCGGGGGUCAGCGAGGGCCACGACGAGGAGGUGGAGCACCGCGAGACCGGAGGAGCGACACGACGAAACCAGCUCCAGAGAACAUCGAUAGAUAUAUACCAGGGCAGCGUGACAGCCGAAGUUCAAGCCACCGUGGAGGAAGAAGACCGGGAGAGAGACGGGAACGUGCGGCCAAAGAUCCCGAGGGACACCGCCUGGUGGGAGGCAGACCGCGGAAGACGGCAGAAGAACUGGAUGCUGAGAUGGACGACUACUGGGGCGGAGCUGGUGGUGAAAGGGAAGCCGCAGACAAUCCUGCUUCAGUGGCUCAGGCCGCAGCACCUGUUGGUGGAGACGAUAUCGACAUGAUCGAGUGA